CUCAAACCUAUGCGACUAGAUCUUAGUAAUCAUCAGAUCGUUAUCACAUCAACAAUCGAGCGUAGAAUCAGAGAUGGACCCCGAUUGGACACUUCUGCUAGCGAUCCUAGCAAUCGUGUUGAUCGUUCAUCGUUGGUUAACCGGUAACCAUGACUACUUUCACCACAAACCGAUUCCUUCGAUGGCGGUCCGACCUAUCAUGGGCAGCACUGGCCCGCUUCUGCUCAAGAAGUGUACCUUUCCGGAGUUUGUCCAGGACGGGUACCGAAAGUUCGCUGCCGCUCGGGUUUUCGGGCUGUUCGACACCAACAUCCCGAUGUACGUGAUCUGCGAUCCGGACCUGAUCAAGCGAAUCGCCGUUACGGACUUCGAUCACUUCAUGGAUCACCGGCCGAUCUUCGGAGCGAGCAACUCGGACCAUCCGAAUCUGCUGUUCGAGAAAACGCUGUUCGCCCUGACCGGCCAGAAGUGGAAGAACAUGCGAUCGACGUUGAGUCCGGCCUUUACCGGAUCGAAGAUGCGACAGAUGUUCAAGUUCGUGGUCCAGUGUAGUGAGAGUAUGAUUCGGUUCUACCAGGGGCAGCCCCGUGGACAGUCGUACGAAAUGAAGGACGUGUUUUCAAGGUUCGCCAACGAUGUGAUCGCGACGUGUGCCUUCGGAAUCGAGGUGGACUCGCUGCGGAAGAAGGACAACGAGUUCUACGUGCACGGAAGCAAAAUGCUGCAGCUGACUAGGCUGAGCGUAGUAGCGCGGAUACUCGGGUAUCGGUUCGCGCCUACUUUGAUGGGCCGGCUGGGGCUGGAUAUCAACGAUCAAGCGCAGAAUCAGUACUUUUCGUCGUUGGUCAAGGAAACGGUUAAGACCCGGAAUGUGGAAGGGAUCUUGCGUCCGGAUAUGGUGCACCUGUUGAUGCAGGCCAAACAGGGUACGCUCAACCAUCAGGUGGAGACCGAGCAGAACAAGGGCUUCGCAACUGUUGAAGAAUCAACUUUCACGAAGACGCAAUCACCCAACUCGAUGACUGAAGUCGAGAUGAUCGCUCAGUGUUUGAUGUUCUUCUUGGCAGGUUUCGACACGGUGUCAACCUGUCUAACCUUCACGGCUUACGAGUUGGCGUUGAAUCCUACGAUUCAGAACAAGCUUUACGAAGAAAUCAGAAAGACCCACACCACGCUCCACGGAAAGUCCCUGGAUUACGAAACGCUUCAGAAGAUGACUUACAUGGACAUGGUUAUCUCGGAGGUCCUGAGGAAGUGGCCUGCAAUAGCCGCACUAGACAGGCUAUGUGUAAAAGACUACGAACUGGACGCGGGCAACGGGCUGAAGUUCACCAUCGAUCGAGGCAGUGGCAUGUGGAUUCCGGUGCAUGCGAUGCACCACGAUCCCAAGUACUAUCCGAAUCCGGAGCGCUUCCAGCCGGAACGGUUCAGCGAGGAGAACAAGGCCGGGAUAAAUUUAGGCGCUUAUCUACCGUUUGGAGUUGGUCCUCGGAACUGUAUUGGUUCGCGGUUUGCUCUGAUGGAGGUCAAGGCGAUUGUGUAUCAUAUGCUUUUGAGUUUUAGCUUCGAGAAGACUGCAAAGACGCUGGUCCCGGUGGAAAUUGUAAAAGGGUUUGCACCCCUUAAACCUAAAGAUGGCGUUUUCUUGGAGUUUAGAUCGAGGGAGGUUGCUUGA